AUGGCCGGCCCAAAGUCCAGGUCGUCGGUGCUCAUCGCUGUUGCGAUCAGCAUCCUGCUCGUUGUGUCACCGGUGCACGCGUGGUGGUGCACUGGGCACAUGGCGGUGGCGGAGAUUGCCAGGCGUCACCUCGACCCCCCGGUGGCCGCCUUGGUGGAGAAGAUGUCAGCCAAGCUCAGUGCCAGCGGGCCGUUCCCAAAGAACCCUGACUUCGUGCAGCUGUCAUGCUGGGCGGACGACCUCAGGUCCUAUGGGCUCCGGGUAAUGGGGGAGUGGCACUAUAGGGACACACCGUACAACCCGGAGAAUAUCAUCCUCAAUAAAUCACUUGUUGCGACCGACAACGUGGUGACUGUGCUUCAGAGUUUGGUGAAAACACUGAGUGGAGAGAAUGCCCCGGAGUAUGUUGACAACUUUGCGCUUGGAAACAUCAUCCACUUCUACGGUGACAUUCACCAGCCGCUGCACACCUCCACAUUGGUGUCGUCUCAAUAUCCAGAGGGCGACCAGGGUGGCAACCUCAUCAACGUGGUGUUUAAGGGCAAGGCGAUGAAGCUACAUGCACUGUGGGAUUCCAUGUGUCAGAGUCCGGAACUUAGCCUGCCGCGACCCCUUGGUUCACCGCAGUACAAAAAGCUAAUGAAAUUCGUCGACUACCUGGAGGAGACGUACAAAUUCACGGAUGAGGAGAAGGCGGAGAAAAGUGUGGCCCUUAUGGCGAAGGAAAGCUUCAAGUACGCCACGACGGUGGUCUACCCCGGUGUCAGAAACGGCACGGUCAUUGACGAUGAGUACACCAAGAAGUGCAAGGACACUGCGGAGGCUCGUGUGGCGCUUGCCGGUUACCGCCUGGCAGCACAGCUCAAUCAUCUGUUUGCCGACGCGGCGCCUUCCGACGCGGCUACCCCUCCAUGGGGCAUUGCGCCGCAGUUGAGGAGUAUCCGAAGAGCUCUUUCGGUAUACCUGGGAUUGCCUUUUUGGUAG